UGCCAUGGCGAACCUGUCCCAGUGCCUGGAUGACUUGCCCCUGGGCUCCCGCUGCCCCGUCGUGCCCCCGGACCUGUACAGUGAGGCCCAGCGCCUGGCACUGGAGCAGCUGCUGUCCGGGGGUCCUGAGGCGCUGCGCGCCUUCCUGCAGCGGGAGCGGGUGCCCGGCUUCCUGUCCGAGCCCGAAGUGGCGGAGAUCCUGAGCUCUGCUGCCGCCGUCCAGUGCGGGGAGGACGAGGUGUCCGCCUCCAUGGAUUGUUCUUCAGUGACUUAUUUCCCCGAGGUGUCAGAUGUGGAGCCCCCGCUGCUGGAGCUCGGCUGGCCGGCCUUCAGCGCUGGCUCCUACCGGGGAGUCACACGGGUGGACGCACACUUCCAGCCCGGCCACGGGGAAACCAUCUACAGCUGCAAAGAAACGGCCAGGUCCCUGAUCAAAGGGGCCAAGGAGGUGAUUGCAGUGGUCAUGGAUUCCUUUACAGACAAUGACCUCUUCCGUGAUAUUCAUGAAGUAUGCCGAAAACGUAGGGUUCCAGCUUACAUCUUGCUGGAUGAGGCACAGCUUCCAGACUUUCUUAAAAUGUGUCAGAACCUUGGAGUUUCCAUAGAAAAUGAACAGUUUAUGAGGGUCCGAACAUUAACUGGAAAUAACUAUUACACCAGAUCUGGUGCCAAAAUUGUCGGAAAGGCUCGUGAGAAGUUCCUGCUUGUUGAUGGGUUGAAGGUUGCUACAGGAAGUUACAGUUUCACUUGGAUGGAUGGGAAGCUCAACAGCAGCAAUUUGCUUGUACUAACUGGACAAGUGGUGGAGAAAUUUGACCUCCAAUUUAGGAUCCUCUAUGCUCAGUCCAAACCAGUCAGUACAAAGCUUAUUUCCAGCAUCCGAAAUCGCCCAAUAUCCACUUCCAAGCUGACGUAUAAUCCGGUAGCGCAAAAAAAUCCUUUAUUAAGCAAUCUUCUGCAUCUGGAGUUGGCAAAGGUCUCCAGCACUCCAAAGAGAAAUAAUAUAGAAGCUAAACCAAGGUGGGAGAGAAACUGUGAUCUGUCUACAAAUGUGAGGGCUUUUGAAGAUGAUUUGAUGCAGAAUUGCGACAUAAUCUCUGGCCUUAAAGAAACUGAAUGUGUAGCCACUCAGACAGAGCCAUGGCUUGAUUGGAAGACUGUGAAAGCAGUGGAUGCAACCACUCAAACAAAUGUCUCUACCUCAACUGCUGGAACACAAACUUCUGUUGUGGCAAGGGUGGCUUCUACCCAAACUAUGGUCUCCUCAAGGUCUAUAACUACUCAGACAGCUAGUGUCCCAGAGUCAUCCUCUGCUGGUUAUAGUCAAACCACAUCCAGCUCUUCUAAGUCAAGGUUGUCAUCCUCUUCUUUCACAUCCUUGUCCUCCUCAUCUUCUGCAUCCACCACCAGCACUGGCUCCAGUAUCUCCAUUCGCUCCUCUGACAAUAAAGGCAAUGGACGGAAUUUUUCAGAAUAUCCAGUGCGGGACUCUUUCAAGAAACUUACAAAGGAACGUCAAUAUCAUUACACUUCUAUAAGGUCUAAACUAGACCACAUGGUAUCCAUACUUUCUAGGAGAAGCCGCUUGGGCAACACAUUCCUCAGCUGUGAAACCACUGGUUAUGGCUUGCAAAGAAGUGCUAUGCACAGCAGUUUGUUCAACCUCCGAGAUGGUGCUCGCUUUGCUCACAAUAUGUGAUAGACCUUCUUUUGGCUUGAUUCAAGCGGCCGUGAUGUUGGGCACAGUUUGUCUGUUAGCGGUGCAAAUCUUGACCUUGCAUCAUUGUAGAUUCCUAUGAUGCUGUUAGGGUUAGUAGAGUCACAGUCAAACUGUAAUAUGGAGCUAGAAU